GGCGAAGCUGGCCACUGGGAUCAGCCUGACGCAGAUGCUGGGCCAGGUCGCGGGGAACACCCGCGAGGAGCGGAUGAGCGAGAUCAAGCGAGGCAUCGACGACGGCGACAUCAUCAACAAGUGGGGCCUCUACUGGUGGAAGUCGGAGAUCGAGAGCGAGGUGACCCAGAAAACCGAGCAGGUGACCUUGACGAGGAAGGGCACCAUCAAAGACAAGAGCGACAAGAACGCCAUCGAGUCCGCCGUGGCGUCGUUCUCCGAGGCCAAGGUGGUGGCCGACGGUAAACGCGGAGUCUCCUCAUCUGGCGUGAGCGAGGUGCCGAGCAAAUUUGGCUGGGACACGUUGCAGUCGUGCCACGACUCCUGCGAGAGCCCCCUUCGCGACAUGAUGGCGAAGGUCGCAGAGAUCCGUAAGAGCUCGAACCCGAGCAGGGCACAGACCGCCCUUGCGGAGGCCGCCGUCGGCAGCAUCAAGCAGCUCAAGGUGCACGUGUCGCUCUUCGAUUCCAUCCUGCUCGGGUCGAUCGCCUCCAACGGCCUCAAGAUCAAGCAGGCCCUCCAGGAGUCCGAGGCUGCGUACAAGGCGUGCGACGAGAUCGACAAGGAGCUGGCCAUGAUCACGAAGGCCCGCAAGCGGCUUGCGAUCUUG